AAUGACAAAAUCAAUAACUCAGAUCUUUAAAGAAAUAUGGCCUAAGUUAGCAAUAUUCACAGUUAUGCUAGCAAUCACAAUAUUUUAAAAGCAUCCUAUGACAUUCAAAGCAUAAGGCCAAAGUGAAGAAGAGAUCAAAGAAUAAUUUAAUUCAGGUGAAUUCAAAACUACUCCUUUUGAAAAAGAUUAUCUUGCUUAUGUACAAAUUGAGAAAAUAGUAUUCACUCUUGUUGUUUUUAUAAUUUUUUAUUGGUUUAGAAGGAAGAAUUUACAAUAUGAAGAAGAAUAAGCAAAAUUAUUUUUAGAGAAGGAAAAAGAAAAGAAAAUAGCAGAAAAUAAAAAACUACUUUAAGAAUAGAAAUACGAAUUUACUGAUGAUGAUAUCAAAUUUUAUAGAGAAGCUAAUGAAAAAUUGAAAUAAAAAGAAUUAAAAAAUAAAUAGAAAUAUAAUUAAGAAUGAGUU